CAUAAUACCGAUAUUAUAGUCACAAAUCACAGUUAGCCCUAUAUUGAUUGCACAUAGUCUUACCAAAGAAAUUCUGUAUAUUUUCAUUAUUUUUUAAAAAACAACUAUUUUGUAUUAGUACUCUGACAUGCAGUUGUUUUCUAUUAAAAAUAAUACAAUUUGAGAACCGCUAGCUGCAGCCACGUCCCCACCCGUAGCGACCUGGGAAUAAAUGUGUUGAGCGCUACCCUCAAUUUCACCACCUCCAAGGACGACUGCUGUCAGCAGCCAAACGAUACGGGCAUAGAGACAGACAGAUUGAGAGAUCCAACCAACGGGCAGUAACCAGACAAAAGACAGGAACACUCACCUGGGGAGAAGAGUUAUAUUUGAUUUGACUGUAGAAAUUUUCUGCAAUGGCUGGGAAAUCUCAAGUUCCAUCUAACAAUUCUGCAAUCAUUGCAAUGAUUGCUGAUGAGGAUACAGUGACAGGGUUUUUAUUGGCUGGAGUAGGCAAUGUAGAUCUUCGGAGAAAGACAAAUUACUUAAUAGUUGAUUCAAAGACCACAGUAAAAGCCAUUGAAGAAACUUUUAAGGAAUUUACAGCAAAAGAAGAUAUUGCCAUUGUGCUAAUCAGUCAAUAUUGUUACAGCAUGUUGAUGGAUUCAUCUAGUGAGCUUUCACACAUGAAAGGAGGUAUUAAAUGCUCAUUAAUUAGUUUGGUCCUUUGAUGUGGGUCCUCUAAAUAGAUUUUGAUAAUCAUAAGUCAUAACAUCUUUGUUCUUGAUGUCAGGAUGACUGAUUGGAAGAAAAGGUUUGCUCAUUAAAUCCCAUUAGAUGAGGGAUAGAAUUCAUUACACACUAACAAAUAAUUUGUUGGAAAAUGGAAUGCAAAGCAGGAAACGGUAAGAUGAAGAGGAACACCUGAGAGCUAUAUAUAUCUGCAUUGAAUUGAUAUAUUAAUGUCAACAAUAUAUGAUGUUAGCCAUGCUUACAUUCAUUUGCUAGUCAUUAUAGCAGUCUUGUUAAACAUGCAUGUCCUAUUUCAUGUUACAGCAUAGAAUCAUUUAAUGUACACCUGUUGGACACAGUAUAUUAUUACUAUUUAAGUUUCAAGUUAACCACUGGAAGGAAUUCCUAUGAGAUGAUUUUGUAAGAGAGUCACGAGCCUUCAGUCCUAAGCCAUAAUUACAUUUGAUCACUAAGAAAAUUGCCUUUUUUUUGUACCAUUACUUCUCUUUAUGAAGCCAAGAUACUUUUGUCUUUGGUACUGAAUCAAAAAGAUUGCUUCGGCAAGAAUUUAAGCUGCACUCCACAGUGUGAGAUGGAAGGGCCAAAGUGUGAGAUGGAAGGGGCAGGGUAGCUUGGUUGUUUGAUCUUCUUUCAGUAUAAUUAUUAUUAGCACUCGUUAGUAACAAUAGGCUAUAUGGUUCUAGUGUAUUUGUGUUACAUACUACCUAACAUGUAUGUUAUGAUGUG